AUGUCUAAAGAUUAAUCAGAUAACAAGACUUAUCACUCUAAUUAACAAGAUCAUCAUCUCCAUAAAUAUAAUUAAAAAGCUAAAAAUUUUAAAUCGACUUUUUUAUUGAAUGGAAAUAUAUCCAAUCAGAAUAAUUGA